GCUAUUUCUUCUCAAUCCAUUGAAAUACAAGUCACUAAAUGAUUUUAGCAAUGAAGAAAGACAAAUGUUCAAAAAAGCUGAUGUAGACUUGGAAAGCUUUCAGCAGUAUGAUAUAGAGUUGUGCUAUGAGAAUUGGACAGCUUCAGAAAUUAUUCCAGCUAUUGUAAAAACCAAUGUCUCUGGAUUUUCCAUUAUAGGCCAUAUAGCCCAUCUAAAUUUAAAAGAAGAAGUCCUCCAAUAUAAACAUAUUAUAGGCCAGGUCUUAAUGGAUAAAAAGCCUUCACUGAAAACAGUAGUAAACAAAACUGGUCAAAUAGACAAUACUUUCCGUAAUUUUAAAAUGGAGUUAAUAGCCGGAGAAGAUAAUAUGAUAGCUCAAGCAAAAGAACAUGGAUUUACAUUUGAGUUUGACUUUUCAAAAGUAUAUUGGAAUCCCAGAUUGAGUUCCGAGCAUCAAAGGGUUGUUAAUGAAAUAAAAAAAGAAGAUGUUGUAUAUGAUGUUUUUGCUGGUGUAGGACCAUUUGCCAUACCUGCUGCUAAAUCAAGGAAAGCUAUUGUUUUUGCCAAUGACUUGAAUCCUAGUUCUUAUGAAAGUCUCUGUAAGAACAUCAAACUAAACAAAAUUAAGACAGAGAUACACUGCAGUAAUUUAGAUGGAAGAGAAUUCAUCAAGACAAUAGUCAAACCUGAUAUUUUAAAAAGAUGGGAAAAUUAUAUGGAAACAGGAAAUAAGACAAAUUUGAAAGUUGUAAUGAAUUUGCCAGCUCUUGGUAUUGAGUUUACUGAUACAUUUCAGUCAUUAUUUGCUGAUAUUGAUGAAAAUAUAAAACCUACAUCAUCAGAUUUACUUCCUUAUAUGUAUGUGUAUUGUUUUACAAAGAGUGAGACUCCUGAAGCUGAUGUGAAACAGAGAUUAGAGAGUACAAUAGGAUCACAAUUACCAGAUAACUUUACCAUUCAUAAUGUUAGAAAUGUAGCCCCUAAUAAAGAAAUGAUGUGUGUGUCUUUCCAUAUGCCAGCUGAGAUUCUAUUCAGGCAAAAACCAGAGGAGGGUUGUGGACCAGAAGUGAAGAAAAGAAGGAUAGAACUUGAAGAAAAUAACAGUUGAUUUUACAUUUGUUUAUUAAUUGUCACUUUUUGUAUCUUCGCCGAAACUGCUAGGUCAAAUUUAACCAAACUUGACAGGAAUGAUGUAGGGCAGGUUUUUAACAAAUGAUCCUUAUUUGGUUCUGAUUAGAAGAAAAACAUGGCUACCAGAGAAAAAAAAAUUGAUUCUGAUUGGCC